AAUACCACUCCUGCAGGCAGCAGAGCUCAGGACAGAGCCGGCAGAGCUUCCAUGAGAGCAAAGACGAGCUCCAGCACCGCAGCCAUGUCCACGUCCCUGCGGGUGAGCCCCUCGCUCCACGGGUACCGCUUCGACACCGCGCUGCGCAAGAAAGCCGCGGCCAACAUCUUCGAGAGCAUCAACGAGGCGUCCCUGCAGAAACUCUUCAGAAACUCCGGCGACAAGAAGGCGGAGGAGAGAGCCAAGAUAAUCCUCGCCACCGACCAGGACAUGGAGGAGAAAACCAGGGCGCUGAUGGCGCUAAAGCAGAGGAGGAAAGACAAGCUGCUGCAGUUCCUGACGUUUCGGAAAUACUCCAUCAAAGUUCACUGAGCUGGCUGGCGGAGGGAGCAGGAAUGGAGAACUUUGUGACGGGACUGUUUGAGAGCUCCUAGCAUGCUCGGCUGCCCCGUGGGCCUGGGGAGCUGACAGUCCAUGCAGGGGCUUCAGCUCCACUGCAAACCAUGAGCCAGCAGCGGCAUCACUGCGGGCAGCAGGACCAGUGCCCAUGGCACACUGGUGUGACCAGCAGGACCAGUGCCCAUGGCACAUUGGUGUGGACAGCAGCAUCAGUGCCCACAGCAGCACUGGUGUGACCAGCAGGACUGGGGUGGUCAGCAGGACCAGUGCCCAUGGCACACUGGCGGGUCCAGCAACCUAAUCAGUGCCCACAGCAGCAUCAGUGCCCAUGGCACAUUGAUGUGGCCAGCAGCCUGAUCAGUGCCCAUGGCACAUUGGCAUGGACAGCAGCAUCAGUGCCCAUGGCACAUUGAUGUGGCCAGCAGCCUGAUCGGUGCCCAUGGCACAUUGGUAUGGACAGCAGCAUCAGUGCCCACAGCAGCACUGGUGUGACCAGCAGGACCAGUGCCCAUGGCACAUCAUUGUGGCCAGCAGCUGUGGUGUGACCAGCAGCAUCUGUGCCCACAGCAUCUCUGGUGUGGCCAGCAGGACCAGUGCCCACAGCACAUCACUGUGGCCAGCAGCCUGGUGGCCAGAGGCUCUCAGAGAGAGAGAGAGAGAGAGAGCAGCUCCCAGCUGGGGCAGAUUUGCUCCUCUGGGCAGCCAUGGGACUGAGCUGGGGGAAGCCCCACCACCCUGAUGGACUUGGUGCUCACAGACUUGCUUUGCCUCUUCAGCCUGAGCCCUGCUUAUGUGGUGGUGGGGGGCUCUGGAGACCUCCCAGCUGCUGGUCAGGGUCAGAAUCUGUGAAAUGCCCCCAAGGCAGCGUGGUGCAGUGAGUUCAGCCGUCCGGGAAUGCAUUAACUCUGCACAGCUGUGCAUUUCCUUGUGCGCAGGAAAAGUCGUUUGCACAGAAGCAAUAAUAAUGACAGAUUUCCCUGAAUUUACUGUGAAGUUCCUUAAUAUUAUGUUCACUUACCACUAACACUAAAAAUCUAAAUAUAAUAACUACAGUUCUUCUCUGUGUAGGUGACAGCCACUAUUAGAUGAGUACUUACUUCAUGGCAAUAUUUUAUGACAAUGUUAAUAUUAUAUUGGCUAUAAUUUAUUGCAUACAGCGAUGUGAAAACUAAUAAAUUAUGAAGUAAAUCUAAA